UACUUUGAAAACAAUAAAUGAAUACUAGUUGUAAUAUAGGUAUUAAUUACAUUCUUUCAAUAGUUUUAAGAUUUUUUUUUUUGAGAAAUAGUUAUAAGAAAAUAUUACAUAUUUGUUUUCUUGUAUAUGAAAACAUAUUACCUCAUAUAUGUAUACAAGGAAAACGAAUUUCAAAAUAUGUUCCACAAAAUUACUUUUACAUCAUCAGCCAAUGUUACAUACAAACAAACCUAGGACCCACUCUUCUCUUUUUCUCUUUCACAUAUUCUAAGUUUGCUAUAUAUGUAAGCUUCUCUCUUUAAACUUUCCUUUGUAACAAGAGUAACUUUUUCAUAUGGAGAGGCAAAUCAUGAACAACAAGAAACGACUAUUCUCUGUUGAACCAACCGAACUAUCCCCUAGUGAAGUUUUCACAAGGAAAUACACAAGCCACUUAGUUCCUGCACUCAAGAAGCUCAACAUGGACAAGAGCCCUUCACCAAUCAACCAACUAACCGUGAAGCAUGAAGUAGACAAGGCUUUGGCUUUGUCUGCUCAAGAAUUUGCAUGGAGCGGUUUCUUGCUACAGAAGCUAUCCUCCUCGAACAAUCCAACCACUACUACAAGUUCUUCUUCCAAUGGAGCUCGUAUUCUAGAAGGAGCCUGUAAAGAAGACGAAGAUGGAGAGAUAGAGGAGAAACUGAGUGAACUACGGAAGCUUUUGCCAGGUGGAGAAGAGAUGAAUGUGGAAGAAAUGUUGAGUGAGAUUGGCAAUUACAUUAAAUGUCUUGAGUUACAGACGAUUGCUCUUAAGUCGAUUGUUCAAGAUACUACUUGAAUUUUAGUUUUAGCCUCUGUAUAAUUUUUAGUUUGUUUUUAUGUUUUGUCUUUAAACUAAAGUCAUCUAUGUCUGUUUUAAUUAUCUCAUUUUCUUUAAGAACGAGAGCAUAUGUAUUAAUAUUAUAGUGGUUUUAUUUUCUUCUCUUAUGGUAGAUGAAUAAACAAUUGUGUAAAUCGAUCAACAUCUGAUUGUUAUUGGUUGUGAUGCCAAAUAAAGUUAUUAUUUACAAAUC